AUGACGAACGGCGGCAUGGUGCGCGAAGUAGACCGCGCAAUCGGCGCGCUAUCGACUUUGAUGCUGGGCGUGGGACUGCUUCUGUUACGUGAAGUAUACCGGAGCGUGCGGACCAAUCACGACAAGUGGGAGCGCUGUGACUUGGAUGGCGGGCAUAAGGACGUGUUCUAUCAGAAGAAGUAUGGGAUGCCCAAGUUGCCAUUAUUCCAGCACCGAGGAGGCUGCGACUGUGGCUCGUUGCGGUUUAUGGUCCUUGCACCGAAACGAGUGGAGGCAUUUGAUGACAGCAAUACGUUCUCGUGUAAGAAGGGGCGAUUCCCUUUUCUGGUGAUCCCGACAUCGUGCUUUGAGAUGAUGGAGUCGCCGGAUGUGUCGUUGUAUGAGAGUCAAACGACGCUGUGCCAGCACGUCUUCUGUGCCACGUGCGGUGUUCAUAUCUUCCAGUUUGACAGUGCACAGCCAGACUGCGUUGCAGUGAACGUGUAUUGCGUGGAAGACGAGAAUUUUGAAGACAUGAAGGUCGUAUUUAUUCCAAAAGGCUCGCGCCCACUGCUCGGUCGGGCGAACCGGCAGCCUGUCCCGUCAGUGCAGCCCUACCGUCAUCCAUUGCAAGUCCAAGGAUUUAACACUGUUCGUGAAGACAGUGACGAGUCGACCAGUGCGUUCCAGAAGCAGAUGAUGAUGUGGGCACGAAUAGAUGACCACGAAAAGUACCGAGAACCGCUUUCUGACGACACGCAGUCGUCUACCAGUACUGCCAGUCGGACUGGACGCUUCUCGGCGGCUUCGUCCGAGGAUUUGCCAAGUGUGACAAAAGAUCAGCUGGAGUUUUACCUCAAGCGUCAUUUGGACGAUUCUCGGCAGGAGCAGUUCCGCGUGUAG